UGAACUGCCAUGACGUCCACUGCACAAAUUAGAAAGAUUUCUGUAAAGAUAUAAAAGGAUUCGUGGACUUUCAGUAAUAAUUUUAAUAAAUUAUUUGAAACAAGCACAUUGUAAAAGAAAAAUGGUAGUAUUAGAAGGAGAAGCAGGAGAUGCGAAGCAGCAGACCAACGAAGAAGCUGAUAAAGAAGAAGUUAAACAACCGUCUCUUCUAACUUUAGAGAUAUUCCGCAUCACGAAGGAUGCUCAACAGCAGCACGGAUUGCGGCAUGCCGACUAUCAACGCUAUCGUGGCUACUGCUCGCGGCGCAUCCGACGUUUGCGUAAAGUGCUCAAAAUCCCUCAGGGCGACAGACGCCACUACCGUCGCCGUGACGUCACAACUACCCACCUGAUGGGCGCUAAUGCCGAGAAUCGCCUACUUUGCGUGCCGCUACUGCAGGCAGAACGCGCAUGGGCUCACGCCAUGCAGUUGCGUCAGGAAGCCAAUACUGAGCCAAGGAAGAAGUUCCACCUUACCUCAAGGUUGAAGAAAGCUUAUGCACACGCUCAGACUUUGUUGCAGCUAUGCGAGCAAAGCGGCGCCUGCGAUGCGCGCACGCAACUUGAAGCAGGCGCGUACGCGGCGUGGUUGGGUGGCAUUCUAUUGGUGGAGUUGCAGCAAUGGCGCGCGGCGGCCGAGAGCCUGCAAAGGGCUCAGCUUGUGCUCGAUAAGUUGUGUGCUGCAUUGCCCGAAGAUGAACGGCUCGUCUAUAAGCAGAAGGUUGAAGAACUAAAACCUAGUCUGCGUUAUUGCGCGUACAACAUUGGCGACCAAUCUGCGGCCGGCGACCUCGUUGCUAUGCGCGGUCAGGGACUCAUCGAGAAUUUGGAUUCUCUCAUGGCUCAAGCUAAGGAAUCCCGUUCAGGUGUAAUGCACGAAGUGGAGUGGCGCGGGCGCCGCGUUACCGUGCGUCCAGAGAAAGUACGUCUCUUCCUUAUCGCUCUGCAGGACCUGGACAAAUCCGUCGCGGGCGCAGACUCGCCGCAAUCCAAGAUUGACAUCCUCGAAAACAUACUUAUGGAUUGCAAAGACGCCAUAUCCGCAAUCAAAGAUGAAAUAAAAAAUGAUCCAAAACUCAAAACCGCAUCCGAGACUCAAAUGUCCGGCAUCAACUACUUGUUAUCUUACUUGAUGUACUUGCGCUUAAUGCGCACCAUAGAGAGAAAUAAUUUACUAGUGCAGCAGGCCGAAGAAGCACGCAAGAACAACAUCCAGAUAGAUGGCAAGAAGGUCCGUCCUCACGACUUGACCCGGUUGUACGAAAUCAUAUUACAGAACUUCACCGAACUGCAGCAGCUGCCUGGAUUCGAAAAUGAUGCAGCAUAUCAAGAGGAGAUAGAGACCCAAAUGAAGGCUUAUCGCGCAUUCCGAUGCUAUUAUAUCGCACAAGUUCUCACAGGGCUGAGACGUUUCAGAGAAGCGCUAGCGAUGCUGGAAAGGAGUAGCAACUAUGCUGCCGAAUCCAUCUCUAACAAAUUAACUGAUAAGAAACUGGUUGAAAAGCUGCAAGUUUUGAAGAAAGAUAUAGAAAGCUGUAAGUUUGAGGUCCACGCAGACUCGGUCCUAGAAGAUGACGAGGAGCAAGAUGAGGAAACCAAGUACACGUCAAGCGGCAAACCGUACAAGGAUAAGAAGCCUUUAGUGGACAGAUUGGACGAGUACCGCGAAGACACACAGGUCCUGACUAAAAACCCUAACAUAUACAAACUGCCCCCACCAAUGGAAGCCAUUCCGUGCAAGCCGCUGUUCUUCGACCUAGCGUGUAACUUUGUGGAGUUCCCCAACUUAGAUGACAAGAUAGGUGCCGGCGAUAGUAAGAAGCAAGGCGCCGGCAUCACCGGCCUCGUCAAAGGAUUCUUGGGAUGGGGCAAAGGUGACAAAUAGAAGACGUUCUCCAUGUAAAACUGAAUUUAUAUUAUUUUAUACAUUGUCAUUGGAAACAAUCUGCAAAAUAUAUGUAUCUAUAUAAGGAAACGUCAUAUUUUAAUUGCGCAACAAUUUUAUAGAAGCAGUACUGUAUGCAAUAAACAAAUAUUUAACAAAAAAUUUAAACAAAUUAAAAGUAAAUUGUUCUAUUUAAAGUACAAAAAUAGAUAAAUUUUACAUCGUGUAAAACAUAUUCAUUAUAAUG